CGCCACUUCUUCAAUUACGGGAGAAAUAAAAUUGGAAAUUAACAUCUACUCCACAAGUAAUGUUAAUGAAAUACAUCAAGGUAAAUUACACCGUACAGUCGGUUGUACCGUGCGCACGGUACAGCCGAGUUUUUUGUUCGCUGCUAUGUGCUUCGGUCGUCGCUGGGAUCUCUGCCUCCACCUCUCGAAUCUCGUCUCUUCCUCAUCAAUGGCCUUCGCUAUGGAUCUGUGUGCAGUGAUGGAGAGGCUAUGGAUGGGUUGCGCAGAUGCGGUGAUGGUGGCUUCGUUCGGGUUAUGGAUGGAUGGAUUGCGCAGGUGCUGGGAAGAUGCGGCGAUGAUGGCUUAGCUCCGGCUUUCUUUUCCUCUUUGUAUUUUUUUACACUGAUUUUUUUUUAAUUUGGUAGCUUUUGGGUUAGGGGAUACCUAAAUUGUAUGGAGUACUUAGUUUUAAAAAAACGAGUAUACAUAAAUAAAAGUUUGAGUAUGGUAGAGUUUUUAAAUGAGCCAAAA